UAGUAACGAAUUACUUUGACAAUUAAGCGAACCCGUAGCAAGUAAGAACGAAAAUGAAACCACCAUUCCUCCGUAAUGUUCCGCGUUGACUCACGUACUACUGUGCCGCGUAAAGACGUGCGGUUCCAUGUGCCGCUCCAUGCGAAUACGUGGUCAGUAGGUAAACUGGGCGUCUUGGUGUUCCAUGACAGAGCGUCAGCAGGUGUGGUCAAAAUCAGUUGAGUCAACGGCUCGUUACAAACAAUUCCGCUCCUAGUUACCAACUCGGCGACAAGACGUAAACAAAGUGGCCGCUUAUGUCCUGAAAAUAGUUUCGAAGUGCGUGUGCGGUGCGGUGUCGAGUCGAAGACGCGGAGGAAAGUCGUUUUAGCCUUUUGUUUAUGUUCGGCAGCCGCCCAUGAUGGAGUACGACGAGAACAAGAAACGCUCCCUCGCCGGCAACGUGGGCAUUGGGUUCUUCGUGGUGGCUUUCGUGACUAUAGCGGUGGCGUUUUCGACGCCCAGCUGGCUGGUGUCCGACUACAGGAUCACGGGGGCCAAGUUGGACCGUUUCGGGCUGUGGACGCACUGCUACAGGUCGCUGCAGGACCCCACUAAUCCCAACAGGUUCUUCGUGGGGUGCAGGUGGAUCUACGACCCCUUCACCACGGGCUGGGACCGAAUUCGUGGGUUUUUGGUGCCCGGGUUCAUGGUGGCGACCCAAUUGUUCUUCACCCUGUGCUUUAUAUCGGCCCUGGUCAGUGCCAUCCUCACGCUUUUAUAUUUCUUGUGUUGCGGGCCUGAUAUGAAACAGUUUGUGCUGCUCAUUAAGUUGAACGCGUGGAUUUUGCUGUUCGGCGGUGUUUGUGGGGCCAUUGCGGUCAUCGUGUUCGCCUCCACGGCCAACAGGAAUGGUUGGAUGCCGGGACACGACAACAACUUCUUCGGCUGGUCCUUUAUAUUGGGGUGCAUCGGGGUUGUGGCCAUGCUAGUUGCGUCCACUUUAUUCUUCACCGACAGCUACGUGCAACAACGGAAACGGGACAAACUCAGGGAUUCCCAGUCCAGAUUCGAAAUGGAACGCGAAACGAGGGCCUAACGUGCUUUAAACUCACCGACAAAUCCAAUCCGUCCAUUUGUAUAAAGUCAUGUUUUUAACUCGCGUAGGAUUAGAAUAAAUUUGGUACUUACAGUACCAAAUACCAUUACCUUAAUUAAACCUCGACUUUAGUUUAUUUAAAGUGUUCAUAGUGCCUAAGUUUUUUAUUAUUAUAACGAUACAUUUUGUAGAUCUUUUAUUAUACGAAUAAAUAACGCAGUAUUUGGACAUACAUUCCAUAUAUAUAACAAAUUUAUAUUUAAUUUUUAUAAAAAAUAUGCAUUUUAGGAUGCCUUAAAGUUGCCUUAUACUUACAUACAUAAAGUUGUUUUAUUAUAAAUCGAUAUUGUUGAAUUUUUUAAAUGAAAAUAAAAUUUACCAGUUGAA